AUGGCCAGGCCAUGGCUCCUUUCCCUUCUGCCUUUGAUGGUGGAAGCUGCGACCCAUGCCGUGCAGUUGAGUGCUGAUGGUGACAUGUGGGAGUUUCCUGUGGAGCCGGCGAGGCGAAUGAUGCGACAUCAUGUGGGUGAACAAGAAGCAUACGUGGAGCAGGCCCCUGGCACGAUGGUCAGAAUCUUAUCCAACAAUACGGGGAAAACCGAAGAGUUUCUUCGAAGCCUGAAGGAAGAGGCAGCCUCUGCAAACCUUGGUAUUGGCCUGGCCUUAAUUGGGCCACUGUUGGUGGGCAUGACGUUAUUCUACCUGGUGAACCAGCCCAUCAGCAAGGACUUGCAGACCAGCACAUGGCAAUUGCUAAGUGGGAACAUUGCACUGUUCAGCACGGUUCUCAUCUUCAUGGCUCUCAAGAAGAGCUGGAAGGUUCUCUUGGGAUCUAAGGCAGCUGACUUUGCCCUUCUGGGUGAUAUCUUGGCGUUUAUGAAAUUCAUGCUUCUAAUGCUAGGUCUUCCGCUCUUGAGGUCCAAGUUGGAGACGAUGCCAUGCGGCCCGAGGACAGUUCCGGUGCUGCGGGUUUGCGGUGCCUAUCUCAUCGGCUUCGCUGGAUCGGACUGUUUUGCGAACUUCCUUCGAAUGGAGCCCUUCAGCAAUGGUGCUGGCUUCUAUCUUCUCGGUAUCAUCCUUUCAUUUGCCGUGCUUGCAGCCUUGCUGGCUGUGGCAUUCAGGGUCUCUCAGUACGGACGGAGCGAUGCACCAUAUGAGCCAGACCGUGAGGCUGAACAGAUUGAUGCAGCUGGAUUUCAGAUUGGAUUCCUCACGUCUAUGUGGAUUCGUUUCCUGGUCACUGGCUUUUUGCCUGGCAGCAAGAAAGGAGCUCAUGCACUCACAAUGAACAACUUGAUUUACCUUGGCGUGGCACUGGUGUUGUCAAUCAUCACAUUUUCGCUGAUGAUGUACAAGGCGUCAGGCAAUAUUUGGCAUGUGCGGAACCUGCGAGCUCGCGUUUCGUCGAUUCUGGUUGCUUUGGCCUGUAAGUCUCAAUGGCAGUCGCCACGGGCACGCAAGUGCCUGCUUCGAGCGUCUGGAGACGCUCCAGUGGCUGCCGCGGCACGCAGGGCCCAGCGGGUCGCGGAGUAUGAGCGGAUGAAGCGGCAGAGCUUGCUGGAUGCGGGAGCUGUGGGGCUACUAGGUGCACUUUUGGCAUAUGCUAACAACGGAUCAGCAGCUUCAGAAGGAUGGCUAGUAGGAGCAGUCUUCGGGACCAUCUACCUGGUCCUGCUCUAUCAGGAUGUCAGUGUGAUUACGGUAGAUUCCAAUCCAUUUAGCUUUACGAAUCCUCUGAGGAUUCUUCGAUUCUUGUUACCCUUUGGGAUGGUUGUAGCUCUGGGUCUUCAACACGCUUCCAUCAUAGGGCUAGAAGAAUGGUGGCAAAAGGUGAGCUGGGAGCCUGGAGUGAACUUCACUGGGGUGGUCUCUUCACCUGCGAUGCUCUUCGGUGCCCUCUUGGCCUAUGCGUCAGUUAGUGCCGUCCUGCCCCUCCGCGGGUUGGUCGAAACUCUGCCCGAAGCACGGACCUUAAUGAAGGCAGUGCCUGGAUCUUUGGGUGUGGCUCUGCAGUUGGCGGAUGCAAAGGAGAAAGAUGACACAGAGGAUGUGGAAGUUGUGCCAGUUCUGCUGAUCACAGGUCCCAGAGGAUGUGGGAAAAGUACAUUGGCCAAAGAGCUUAUGAAGAAGGAUCACCGCUUUCAAGAACCUGAAUGGGUGGCCACCAAGCCAUGCUCUAGCAUGGGCAGUUCGCAACAAAGACUUGUGGCUCUGAGCGACUUUCAAGCACUUGAGGAUUCGCGCUCCUUGGCAGUUUCUUACCGGCCUGCAGGAGAUGACUUGGAAGAGGUGGAGCUUGGCCUGCCUGCCAUGUCUGUCUUGUCCACAGCUCAGGAGCAUGGAGCUUGUAUUCUGGACGUGGACCCUCCGACUGCUCGAUUCAUCCUGUCUUAUAGCUUUGACCGAGCCUUGUCGGCGGCCUUCCCUGAGAAGAAAACAGAGAUGCGACUGGUGACGGUUUGGGUCUCCAUGCAGUCGCUGGAUGACAUCAUGGAGCGAAACAGGCGCAGAUUGGAGGAGAAAGGACUUGACAGUGAGAUGAUUCAAGAGCAGUUGAAGUCCUUGCGCGCCCAAGUGACUUCUGAUAUGGAGUGGGCUUUGACUAAUAGCUUGGAUUUUACAGUUAUCAAUGAAGAUAAGGGAGCUGCGUUGUCCGAAGUCGUCAAGGCGAUCUAUGUUGGGCUGGUUGACUCGUUCACCUCACGGGUCUCCAACCCUAGCAGCAGGCGAACAGCAGCAAUGGUUUGGAUAGUCUUCUUGCUUGUCUUGAUUCUCCCAGCAUGGUUCUGGUACAUUCUUCCAAAAACGCUGAAGGCAGAGGGCAAGGAUCAAGAAGGCGCAAAAGGAAGCGAGGGAGAUGCCAAGGAUGCGAAGGAUCCUCCAAAAGAGACACCAGCGAAGCCUGCAGAGCCCAAACCAGAAGAGCCCAAGGCGGAUGCACCGACACCCGCAGCACCAGCACCGACACCGGAAGCUGCACCGGAAGCUGCGGCGACAGAGGCCAAGGCAGAGCCUGAAGGAGCAGAGGAGGAGUUCUGA